CCAUCAUGAUCGUAGCCUCGUCCGCCCAUCCCCAAAGCAGAGGCCCAACCGCAGCGCGUUGCCAUGCUCAUUUCUCCCCCUGAUGCUAGCCGGACGCUAUGGCGCCGUACCUGCGUCUGUCAAAACCUCACCCCUCCCGCUCUCGUGAGAGACCUUCUCCAGCAAGGCCCUCUGUUCCUCACAGCCUCUCAAGUUUGGCAUCUUGCCUAGCCACUCGUUUGCAAUUAAUCUAAUACCGGCUUCACUCGUUCAGCCGUCCACCCUCUAUAUCUCUUCUUAAUUUCACCAAAAUCCCCAUAUCAACAAACCCCGUGCUCCGUAUUAUUUGAUCAUGAAGGGUGCUUUUGUCGCGGCUUCGGCUGCUUCGCUGAUCGGCGCAGUUGCGGCGUCGCAUCAAGGCCAUGUGGGCUUCCAUAAUCGUAGGGGCAUCUACGGUUCCGCUCCCGUUGGAACCGCCGUGGGAACUGGUGCGCCGUACCCGUACGGCGAGGUGUGCUCUGUCUACACCUCUACCUACACCGGAGAGGGAGGAUGGGUCCCCAAACCCACUACAUAUGCUGCCAACAGCACAGUCUACUUGGCCCCAUCUCCCAUUGCCGCCCCCACCUCCUCAGUGGUUGUUGUCCCCGUCCCUACUCCUGAGGUGACGACCUGCGAGACCCCAGGCACCUACACUUUCCCGGCCAAGACCAUCGUCGUCAUAGAGACAACCACUGUCUGCGGUGCCAAGACCACCGUCGUCCCGCCCGGAGAGCACACCUAUGGCGGCGAGACCACCUCCGUUGCUACUGAGACCACCGUGACCUUGCCGUACGCCACGACCUCGAGCGUCGGCUCGACUAUCACCAGCGUCAUCCUGACCACGACCUACGUCUGCCCGUCCGCUGGCGAGUACACUUUCGGUGCUACUACCUCCAGCUACUCCGAGACUGCCACCGUGGUCUACCCCACCAUCUCUACUUUCACCCCGGGCACCUACACUCACCCCGAGACGACCGUGACUAUUAUUAAGACUUCCGAGAUCUUCGUCUGCCCGUACUCGCCAUCCACUACGAGCUCCGUCUACGUUGCGCCCUCGUCGUCUGUCGUCGCCUAUGUGACUCCCUCCUCGAAGGCUGUCUACUCCGCUCCAGCUUACAGUGCCCCUGCGUACUCUGCCCCGGCACCAGUCUACUCGGCACCAGCCAAGCCCGCCUACAGCGCGCCGGCCUACAGUGCCCCCGCUAAGCCCGCUUACAGUGCUCCCGCCUACAGUGCCCCCGCUAAGCCCGCUUACAGUGCUCCCGCCUACAGUGCCCCUGCCAAGCCCAGUGCUCCCAGCGUUUCCUAUGGUGGAACUCCCCUCCACAAGACCAACGGGAACCAGUGGGCCAUGACCUACACCCCCUACACCGAAUCCGGCUCCUGCAAGACCGCAAGCGAAGUCAUGUACGACAUCGGCGUAAUCAAGAACCUCGGCUUCACCACCGUCCGCACCUACAGCACCGACUGUGGCGGACUCGAGAGCAUCGGCGCUGCCUGCAAGGAGCACAAGGUGCUGAUGAUCCUCGGCGUGUUUAUUAAGGACGCGGCGACGUUCGAGUCCGGCUGCGACGAGCAGGUCGGCGACAUCAUCACGUGGGGCAAGGCGGGCAACUGGGAUCUGGUCGCCAUGGUCGUCAUCGGCAACGAGGCCAUCUUCCACGAGUAUUGCACUGCGGGCGAGCUGGCCGCCUACAUCACCAAGGCCAAGGCGAAGAUCCAGGGCGCCGGUCUGCCCAGCACCGUGCCCUUCACGACCACCGACGCCGUCUCCGCCAUCCUCGAGUUCGGCAGCGCGCUCUGCGACUCCAUCGACGUGCUUGCCGCCAACGUGCAGCCCUUUUUCACCAGCUCGGUGUACGCGAACAAGGCCGGCGAGGAGGUCAAGAAGCAGCUCGAGGCCAUCUCGGUCGUCUGCCCCGGGCCGGCCGCGAAGGGCUUGUACAACCUGGAGUCUGGCUGGCCGACCGGCGGCGAGCAGAACGGCAACGCGAAGCCUGGGAAGGCGGAGCAGAGGGCGGCGAUCAAGAACAUCAUCGAGGUCUGCGGGCACCAGAGUGUGAUCUUCAGCUAUGGGAAUGAUGAGUGGAAGGCGCCCGGGCAGUUUGGUGUGGAGCAGACUUGGGGGUGUGCUGACAACCUUGCCAUCUAAGUGUCCUCGCGGCUCUUAGAGUUUGAGGUGGUGGCGGAAGGACGGGAAGGGAAGGUUGCAUAUGCAUAGCCAGGAGUCUCAACUAUCACAUUGUCAAAGGGGGAUUUUGCAUAUGGGCGGGGUUGUUUUUUUUUUAAAAAAAAACAGUAGUUCGAGGAGGGUCUGGGUCUAUUGUAUCAUUAGUACCGCUCUGUCAAUACGUCGCUACGUUAUGUGUUUACGCUUCCUGCUGGUGCGUUUGUACUUUUGGGGGGCAAGGAUGGAAGGGAUGUCCUUUGGUUAUUUUUUAGUGUCUAAUUUCGAGAUUUGUUUAUCUGACCACCCAAUCUACAAGUUUGUUUUUGGGUAUGUAAGUUUUAAGGAGAAGUAUUGUGUCCGCGCAUGUUGAUCGUAGGCAUUUGAAAUGGACGCAUGAUGAAGGUAUAUCACGUGCUGAGAGUAUCAGGCUUAGCGCUCUUCAAGACCCACUUUUCUUAUGAGCUCCAC